AUCUCUCUCCCUUUGAUGCGCAUCGUCUUCGUGAAUGUUACAACUAUUUUAGUUAUGUUUGUUGUUAAUGUUUCAAGAUUCCCCCAAAUUUAAACGCUGAUAUUUAAAGCCAGAGCUAAACUGAUUCGAUUGAGCUAUGGAACUCCCGAUGUGUCGGCUGUGUUUGUCCACGAACGCUGGCACGACGGCACUUUACGACGAGCAAACGAUGGAACCGAACAUUCUGCUGGUCCAGAAGGUCAUCGAGUGUACCUCUAUCAAACUCACCAUUGAGGAAGAUUUUCCCUCGUCUGUGUGCGACGAAUGCGUGAUGAAAUUGAACGAGUGGUCCACAUUCAAGAUUCAGUGCAUAGUAAACAACGACUUCUACCGGCAAAAGCAGUCGGAAUUGCGCAAGCGGCUGCUGGGCGACCAGCCGGCAACGGAGGUGGUCUGUUUGGAUGAUGACGAUGAUGACGUUGCGGAUGGUGAAAGGGAUGAAAACCCUAAGCGCAAAGAGGACACAAAUCAAGGUGACGCAGCAAUGAAAAAGUUACGAAUCGUUGCCCAGGUAGUAAUCGACGACGAUGAUGAUGAGGAUGCCGGUGGGGUUGGGCAAGAGAUGAGUAAUGGACAGAUCACUUCUGGAAUGGUUUCCAUUGAUCCAGCGCCCAUACGUUAUGUUGGGAAUGAUCAGGAUCAGGACUUGGGGAGUAUGCUAUUGAGUGAUUAUGAGUUGGUGGAGGGGCAGGAUGUACUUCAGUUCCAAUCGCACCAAGGUUAUCAAACGGAAGGAGAGCUGGACAAUACUGCAAUCCUUUCGUCGAUACUGCUGGACGACGACGAUGAUGACGACGAUUAUUUCGCGAAUAGUGGAUUCUCUUUGGAUGGGUUACAACAGAUAGCGCAACAAUGGUACCACUGCAGCGUGUGCUCCCGCCGGUAUUCGUCUCUGGCGAAGCUACGAAUUCAUGCCAAGCUUCACACGGACAACAAAAUGAAAUGUCACAUUUGCGGCAAGAUGAUUGUGAUGCAGCUGUUAAGGCACAUGCGAUCGCAACACUCAGGCCAACCCUUUCCCCAACCGAUCCGGUGCUGGCACACCAAGUGUGCCAACUCGUUGGAGGUGUAUUACAAUGUUGAUCAGUUGCUGGCGCAUAUGGAUGCAAAAAAGACGUCAAGAAAAUAACGAAAUAUCAGUGCCAGGAAUAGCAGGACGAAAGCGGCGUUUUUGAGAUUAAGAUUAUUUAUAUUUGGACAAAUGCAAUAAAGUAUUUUCAUCUUUGAUUCAA